AGUAGUACCGCCUGUGUGUGAUAUUCGACGUUCCUAUUGGACGGCUGGACUGUCAAUCGACAACGUCCAGGGGACGCUACCGUGCUUGGCCUGUGGUGUACUGCUGUCAACAUUAACGGGUGUACCAGCUACAUUUAGCCGGAUAUAAUAUUUUAACGUGGUGCCUGCAGCAAACUCUCCAGAUGUCCAAGUACAAACUGUUUCUGCUGAGACAUGGAGAAGGGGCCUGGAAUAAAGAGAACCGAUUCUGCAGCUGGGUGGACCAGAAGCUGAGUGAGAAUGGGGUGAAGGAGGCCCAGGACUGUGGAAGGCUCUUGAAGGAGCAGGGAUACAAGUUUGACAUCGUGUUCACGUCCAUACUUAGCCGCUCGAUCCAGACAGCAUGGCUGGUGAUUGAGGCUAUGGGUCAGGAAUGGGUCCCUGUUGUCAAGUCCUGGAGGCUUAACGAACGACACUACGGCUCUCUGAUUGGACUCAACCGGGCAGAAAUGGCUCAGCAACAUGGAGAGGAAAAAGUGAAGCUGUGGAGAAGGAGCUAUGACAUCACUCCACCCCCGAUUGAUGAAUCCCACCCUUACUUCCAUGAAAUCUACAAUGACCGUAGAUACACCACAUGUGAUGUCUCGAAGGAGAAGCUUCCCCGAGCUGAGAGCCUGAAGGAGGUGUUGGACAGGCUGCUGCCAUACUGGGACAGCACUGUGGUGCCAGUGAUAAGGAAGGGCAAGACUGCCCUCAUUUCUGCUCAUGGAAACAGCUGCAGGGCCCUGCUGAAACACCUGGAAGGUAUAUCAGAUGAGGACAUUGCCAGCGUGACUUUACCUACAGGGAUACCUGUGCUGCUCGAGCUGGAUGAAAACCUCAAGCCGGUGAAACCUCGACAACUGCUGGGAGACCAGGAAAAGAUUCAGGCAGCCAUUAAAAAGGUGGAAGACCAGGGAAAAGCCAAAACAACAACUUGAACGCAUUGCAAUAGUUGUAAGACGUAAUAUAGUUUCAUUCUUGCUGCCUCUGAGCACUUUUUUUUAUUAGCUAUGGCAAAUGCCAAACUCAACAAACUUGAAUAACUCCUUAUUUAAUAACAGACAACUGCAACAACAGAUUGUCAUUCUACUGGGACACGGAGAAGUUCAGAGAUAUGUGUGUGUGUGUGUGUGUGUGUAAAUGUUUUAAUGUUGUGCUAAAUGUUUUUGUGUAAGCACUGAGAAGACAUUUGGUCUGUAGCUUGAAUGCCACUGUGAAUGCCAGCUGGGUAACACUUAAGGGUUUUAUUUAUGUAUUUAUUUAGUUAUUAGGUUUCUUGCACUGUAACUCUACUUUACAGAUUCAUAGCAAUGCACUGAUGUGGCAAAAUAUUAAAAUGCAAAAUAU